AUGACCUAUAUUAUGUCUUUAUUUUUAUUGGGGUUAGUGUUGGGAUUAGUUGCAGUUGCUUCUAACCCUUCUCCAUACUUUGCGGCUUUAGGUUUGGUGGUAGUUGCAGGUAUGGGGUGUGGAGUAUUAGUUAGUUAUGGUGGACCUUUUCUUUCUUUAGUGUUAUUUUUAAUUUAUCUUGGGGGAAUAUUGGUUGUAUUUGCAUAUUCAGCAGCUCUUGCUGCUGAGCCUUACCCUGAGACUUGGGGAAGUCGUCCUGUUGCGGGCUAUAUAGCCAUAUAUGUGGCAGGGGUCGUGCUUAUUUCGAGUAAGUUUUGGGAAGGGUGGCAUGAGUUUUCUUGAGUGCCUGGGGAUGAACUAGGUGAAUUUUCUGUGUUUCGAGGGGAUAUUGGUGGGGUGGCAUUAAUAUACUCUGCAGGGGGAGGAAUACUAGUCAUUAGUGCAUGAGUACUCCUGUUAACGCUUUUUGUUGUCCUUGAGUUAACUCGAGGGCUUGGUCGUGGGACGCUUCGGGCUGUUUAG